UUCUAGCAGGCUGAUUUUAGUUCGGCUUGUUGUUUCGUCGUGUCCGCCAUUUUGCAGUUGCGAUAGAAAGGUGAAAAUAUCGGUAAAUGUAAGGUUUUCUGGUGCGGUUUUGAGUUUUUAGUGACGUGCUGUGUUAGUUUUGUGUUGUGAAGGAAAACCUUUAAUAAUGGAUCAGAUAUGACGCAUCCAAAUUUUCAAACUAACGGAGCUAGUUUAGAAGACUGCCAUACUAAUUUCUUUGCCUUGACUGAGCUCUCCGGGAUCAAAUGGCGUAAGCUGGUAUGGAGCGAGGGGGACGGCAGGACGGGCGGCGGCGGGGGCCCCGUCGGCGGUCACGCCGCCGCCACCGGGGAGCCCAUGGAGGACCCGGUGCUGAGGAGUUACGCGCGGUGCCUCGCGGCCGACAUCCUGUGCGUGUGGCGGCGCGUCUCGACGCCGCGCCCCGCCGACAUGUUCGAUCUGGGGCCGCCGCCCCCCACGCAGCCGCCGCCUCUCAGCCUGGCCGCCUCCAAGGAGCUGUGGAUCUUCUGGUACGGCGAGGAGCCCGACCUCAACGAGCUGGUGGCGCCCGAGCUGAACAUGUCUGAUUGCGAGCAGGGCUCCUGGGAAUCGGGCCUGUCCUACGAGUGCCGCUCCCUGCUCUUCAAGGCCCUCCACAACCUCAUCGAGCGCUGUCUCCUCUCCCGCGACUUCAUCCGCCUCGGCAAGUGGUUCGUCCAACCCUGCGACGCGCCGCCCAGGAGGCCAGCCGCCGCCGGAGGUGGCCCGGACGCGACGGCGGCCACCGCCAACACCCACCUCAGCUUCUCCUUCGCGUUCUUCGUGCACGGCGAGAGCUCCGUGUGCGCCUCCGUAGACGUCAGGCAACACCCGCCAGUGAGGAGGCUCUCCAGGUGGCACAUGCAGCAGGCGCAGGCCUCCACCUCCGGCCUGAAAGCGAUCGUGGCCCCAUUCGGCCUGGCUGGCACCCUGACGGGCCAAAGUUUCAAAUCUUCCGAGGCCACCACCCGCCUCCUCGACGACUGGAGCCAGUUCUACCCCCUGGACAAGUCGAACAGCCUCACCGACAGCAGCGUGGUGGAGGUGAUCGUCGGAGGGGUCAAGAUGAGGUAUCCCUCUUGCUACGUCCUCGUCACCGACCUGGACGACAACGACAACUCCAUCAUUCUAAAUGGGCUGCCAUCCAGUCCGCCCAGCGAGAGAGCGGAGAAGAGGGGCGCCAGCCCCGUUUUGGUCCACACUCCGCCCCCCAGCCCCAUGCAGAUCAACAGCAGGGUGCCCCAGCCGGGUUCGUACACGGUGUCCGUCGAGCACAUCAACUCGAUGUCCCGAGAGCAGACGGCGGCCACCGUACUGCCGGAACGUACCUGGCAAGAGUGCGUGCUUGGUGGGGGGACGGGCGGGCAACAUCAGGAGAAGGAGUUCAACGGUAACUGGGAUUUUGUAGAUCCCACCAGGAGGACCAAUUGUACCUGUUCUAAGUGUAGAAAGCUCUUGGGCGCAUCGACCAAUGCAAAUAAGUGGGCUGCGAGUAGCGGGACGUCCCCCCGGCCUGGAAAGGCGGCGCGGGGGCGCGUGCCCUUCCACAGGCGCUCCCCCAUACCACUGACAUCUGAAAGAUGCACCGGCUCUUACACACCGCAAGGGGGCCCACCGUCUUACCCCCGCACCCAGGAAUCCAUGGCAAUACCUUCCGUCGGGUCGUCGCCCUCCGUGGCGCCCUCCCCCCUUCCGAACCCUCACUCUCAACCGGCUUCCGUCCCGCCGGGGGACCAGACGAUGCCCACUCUGUCUCCCCACCCUCCGACGAACAAUCCGUCGCCUGCAGACAAGACCCACACGCCCGACCACCCACCUAAAAGCGUGGAGAGUCCUAGUAACAGUCCCGCAGGGCAGAACGACUCGAAGGGGGAGCCGCCCACUAAUACAGCGAGCCUACCCAUGCUGAAGAGGCCUUUUUUGAGCAGCAAGGAGUACGAGGUGGCCCUGGGGGAGGAAGAGCAGACCUUGGAGAUGCUGUACGAUUACUCCACGUUGAACGCCUGGCUUAAUCAUCCCAUCAAGAAGUUUAAGCCGGACGGAAAGGACGCCCAGAGGAUGGGAGGGCUGGGGAAGAUGGAUAUCUAUUCGAUGUAUGAGAAAAACUGCGUAGGUAACCCGAACGGUGAACCGGUCAACGGGAAGACUUCGCAGAUUAACAUCAAGCAGGAGAUUAAAUCAGAAUCGGGUCAAAACAUGGAAACUGAUGCUGCCUCAUCUGUCGGUUCCCACCCUCACGGGGUUAAAAGGCCGGGCGAUCCGUACGAAUUCGAAGAGGAUGGUGGCGGAUCGAAUUGCAACAUGGAUGGCUUCAAGAGAGGCCAGACUGGCAUAAAAGAGGAGAACAAGGAGGUGAAGAAGGCGACGGAAAAUUUAUUCACCAGCGAAGGUCUGCAGCCCUCCUAUAAAGACCUGGAACAAAUCUUCGACAAUUCGGAUUAUACCAGCAGCGACGAGGCGAUGCAGGUACAAACGCCACCCGGCGCUACAACUGUCAACCAUCAUGACGAGGGAAAGAGGCUGUCCGGUCACGGGUGUUCCACCAUGGGCAUCCUACGACCAGAGGAAUUGUGCAAAAUGUUUCCGACCCCACCAAGCCUAGAACCCAAUCCCAUUGCAUCGCCCUGCGGUCAGCUGGAUCUGCCGCCACCUGAUUAUACCGAUCUCGGUAUAGUUCGGGUGAAACAGGAGAUCUACCCCAACAUGGGCAGCCCUCAGGAAGAAAAUAUAGAGGAUUGGAGUUACGUCUUCAAACCGCCCAUCAUAAGCAAGAUGGUGGGCAGCAGCAAGUACGCCCCGCUGACGAACCUGCCUAGCCAGAACCUACCGCCGGUCAGCGUGCCGCCGAACUGCACCUACAAACCAUCGUGGAUGCAGCACGUCGACAAACCCAUCCAGCCGCUUACCAACAACGUCUCCCAGCCCAACCAGGCCGCCCUGCCCAGUUCGGUGCCGAACAGCAUGCACCAGAACGCGAACAUCUUCCCGCCUAGUCCGCUGCAUACCGGUUUCAGGCCGCCGCCGCCACCCUACGAGAUGGCUAGUCCCGCCACGUCGACGGCCAGUUCGUACCUAAACAAGAACCUGAACUCUGUCGAGGCGGUGCCGACGCCCACAGUGCAAAGGACACCUGAAGCCUCGAGCUUAGUGCUGAACAUCCUCCUUACCGACACCGCGUUCAAUAUCUUCCGCGACCACAACUUCGACAGUUGUACGCUGUGCGUGUGUAACGCGGGCGGGAAGGUGGUGGGGAAUAUCCGCGGCGCCGACUCGGGCAUAUACCUUUUGAAUUCUACAAGUGACAAGCAGCACGCCAGCGCGCAGCCCACCAGUCCGUACCUGGGUAGCAGUAUGGGGCAGCCGCCCCCCUACGGGGGUAUGAUGAAUGAGGAGCACCACUGCAGCGACGAGGACUCUAUAAGGUGUAGUUGCGGUUUCUCGGCGGUGGUCAAUAGGAGGCUGGCGUACGGCAGCGGGUUAUUCUACGAGGACGAGAUGGAAAUUACUGGUAUAGCGGAGGAUCCCGGCGAAAAGAAGAAAUCCUCACUGGUCUCGUUCCUCAUGACGGCCAACUCGAUAAAACUGGACCCGAACGUGGACAGGGAACAAUUAGACAUCUUAUCUCACAGCCUCCUGGAGCUCGUCAGGGAGCAACUUGUCUUCAUACCGAGCACUGCCAACUCCCUGUGCCGGGCGGCGAGGUACGUAAGGACCAAGGUGGGUCUGUACACCAACACGAUCAACGUCCUGGAGUUCUCCGACAGCAACGAGGUCACCAGCAUAGCCCUCGAGCAGAGCAAGAGCUUUUUGGAGAGCAUGGGUCUGUGCAAGGUGGAAGAUGCCAAAUACGCGAAAAACUCCCAGACGGUGGCGGUGCACCGGUGGCCCUUCUUGAGGGCCUCGGGACCUCAGUGCAACCAGGACAUCGUGAGGGUGAUGAGGAAUCUGCAGCCCUUGCUGCAGGAAGCGAUCCAGAAGAAAUGCCAGACGAGGUUGUGGGAAGCCCCUUCCUCUGUCAAAGGCCCUCUCACUUGGAGACAGUUCCAUAGGCUUGCCGGGAGAGGAGCCGACGACCGAUGCGAGCCCCAACCGAUCCCCUCGGUCAUCGUGGGCCACGAGAAGGACUGGCUGUCUCUCUCCCCGUACGCGCUGCAGCACUGGGAGAGCCUCCUCCUCGAACCGUACUCCUAUUCCAGGGACGUGGCUUAUAUCGUAGUGGCCCCCGACAACGAGGCCAUUCUACCCAGGGUUAGGACCUUCUUCAAGGAGCUCUCUACGUUCUACGAGAUGUGCAAGCUGGGCAGGCACAUCCCCAUCACGAAAGUGCUCAGGGACGGGAUCCUCAGGGUGGGGAAGACGGCGAAGACCAAUAUCGGCAACGAACCGGUGGAGGAGUGGUUCACGUUGCUGGGGGAGGGCGAAACGAGCGACAUGCUGAAGUUGUACGCGCAGGUUUGCAAGCACCACUUGGCGCCCCACCUUCAGCAGGUGCCCAUGGAUAAAACCCUGUUAGAUCCACCUCUGGAGAAUUCGGAACAACCGACACCCAGUCCCAUGCCCCCACCUAGCACACCGGAUAACACCGGGAGCCAGUCAAGUUCCAGUUCGGAUAAAGCCCCUGCCACUCCGAAGAGCGAUCAAGACGGCGACGGGAUUAAAGACGUCCCCCCGAUAAGCAACGUGUCCGAGUCUGCUCACGACGACGACGAACGAGAGGUGCCUUCAGUGGUGGUCUACCUGGUGGAGCCGUUCACGUUGGGCUCCGACCAACCGGAGCUGCAGAGGCUGGCGUGCCUCGCCCUUCUCAGGUGCUACCAGUCCGUCUUGGCUGCGGUUCCAGAGAACAUACGGAAUAAUAUCAGUGUACAGAUUAUAUCAUUAGAGAGUAUAGUGGAGCUGAAUAAGGCCAGAGACAGGAUGAGGCACAGCGACCACAUGAGGGCCUUGGCUUUCAAUAUUUUUUCUCAGUGUAGGAGGUUCCUCGUUCACUCCAAUAACGUUAAGUCACUCACAGGGUUCGGGACGGCCGCGAUGGUGGACCAGUUCCUCAAAAAUAAGGACGAGAAGAAUCGUGCUCCGUACAAAUUAUACACCCCACCCUACAUUCUGGCGCCGGUGAGGGAGAAGGUGGAGGCCGUCGAGGCGUUCGGCAAAGGCACCCAAGACCAAGCUUCCGUACUGUACCUGAGUUAUUGCCUUUCCGAGGACCAAAGCUGGCUGCUGGCCGUCGCGACCGACGAGAGAGGAGAGAUCUUCGAGACGAUCACCAUCAACAUCGACAUACCCAACCGGAGGAGAAGAAAAAAGGCUUCUGCGAGACGCAUCGGCCUGGAGAAACUCAUGAACUUCAUCCUUGGAGUGAUGUCGCAGAGCGUCAGGCCGUGGAGGUUGGUGGUCGGCAGGCUGGGUAGGAUCGGCCACGGCGAACUGAAGGGAUGGAGCUGGUUGCUUGGCCGGAAGAAUCUCCUGAAAGCCUCGAAACACCUGAAAGAGAUCUGCAACCAGUGCGCGAUGAUGUACCCCAGCUCGGUGCCGUGCAUCCUAAGUGCGUGCCUGGUGAGUUUAGAACCCGAUUCCGUACUCAGGCUGAUGCCGGACCAGUUCACGCCCGACGAGCGCUUCAGCCAGAUCUCGGUCAAUUCCCAGCUCUCUACGCCCCAAGACGUCAGUUGCACGCACAUCCUCGUCUUUCCCACGAGUGCCACGACGCAGUCUUCUCAAACUGCCUUCCAAGAACAACACAUCACCCCCGAUCUAGGAGACGACGAGUUAUUCAGGGCUUUCGAUGAUGACAUGCCCGAAGGGAUGAACGACUUCAAUGAUAUUUUCAACUGCUGGCCGGAGAUAGUACCGGGAGGCGGGCAGAGCCCCACCGGAAGUCCCAGGAGAGAAGAGUCCGGCCCAGGCAGCCCCAACGGAGGGGUGAACGUCGGAAGGGAGGGAACGCCCAUGAUGGGCGGCAUGAAUUCCAAGAGCAGCGAGGUUAGCGAGGAGGUCGGUGUGGUGCUCCAGCAACCCCUGGCCUUGGGUUAUUUGGUGUCGACGGCCCCUACCGGGAGGAUGCCGAGGUGGUUCUGGUCUUCAUGCCCCCACCUGGAGGGCGUCUGUCCGGCCUUUUUGAAGAACGCGCUGCAUCUGCACAGCCCGAACAUACAGCAGAGUUCGGACGAUCUCUUUCAGCAGUCCGCCGUCACCUCGCACCCCCUCGAUUCUCAGUACACUACAGAUGUGUUGCGAUACGUCCUCGAAGGCUACAACGCGCUAUCCUGGUUGGCCCUGGAUUCCAACACGAAAGACCGCCUCUCGUGCUUGCCGGUCCACAUGCAGGUCCUGGUCCAGCUGUACCAUACGGCGGCCGCACUUCUGUAAACCACUGAACCACUCGGUACUUACCGGUUCAAUUAACUUUUUUUUUAAAAAAAGGGGCUCUGAAUAUCAAAAUUAUGAUUUUAAAAAUUAUCACGCUGCUAAAGUCGCAGUCAAAACGACUAAAAUCUUGUGUUUCUGUGAUGCCGCCGACGGGGUAAUUUCGCGUCAUUCGUUUUAAUUUGUGACUAGUUUUAUUUCUUUCAUUUCCGUAGCCUGUACAUAUUUGUUUCAUUCAUCGAUGUGACCUUACGAACGAAUUACUAAAAAUACUCACACGUGACGUAAAAUGAUAUUUUCUUAAUUGAUAGUUGUACAUAUAUUUUUUUAAUUGUAACGUUAAUAUUCUUUUUUAUGUGUACAAAAAGAAUUGUGAUAUUUAGAGGUUAAUUUGUAGAAUCGACGUUUUUUAGGAAUAGGAUUUUUAAACGCGCCGAAGUUUUAGAGGAAACUGACAAAAACCAACAAAAGCGUAAACUGCCACGCACGCCGUUCAGUGUUUUACAGAGUGUCUGCCCUCGGGAGGCGGCGGGGGUGUGUGUUAUAGGUUGUUAUAAUUUUAUUUGUUGUUAGCUUUUCGUUAUACACUCUAAGCUGUAAAUUUUGUACAAGAAGUAAUUUAUUUUUUUGUUGAAGAUGUAAAUAUGAAGAUGUACAAAAGAAACUAAUGAGAUAACUAUAGACUGAGUAAGCAGAUUACACGUGGGGGUUGACCUAUCAAAAUUUUCCGUAGGGAAUCCGCGCGCGGCCUUGAGACCGGGAGACGGGAGGAUCGGCGAGACGGGGCUCCGCGAUUCCUUCCCUCCCCCCGUUUUAAGGAGUAUAUUCCUCUUAAAGACAGCAAUAUAAUCAAAUUCGCGUAAUAUUCUAACACUUUGCCAAAGACAGGGAUGCGAGGUUGGACGAAAUGUCGGGGGAUUAAAAAAAAAGAGAUAUAUCGCCAAUAAACUUAGGACAAUUUGUACAUAAAAUAAUUUAUAAUCAAAAUUUCUUUGUCAAUUGUUUGCCGGGGGACACUUCCCCGCGACGCGGGCGGGGUAGUGAAAUGUUAUCGCCUGUCGCGCGGAAUCGUCGCCCGAGACGUUCUGUAGACCUAGCAAAUGUUGAUUAACUAAAUUGUACGUAUUUAAAUGUUUAAACUAACCUGUAAUGCAUUUAUGAAAUAUUACCGGGGCCAAAAAAGAUUGAAACGUAUCUUAUAAAUGUUGCCUCAGACUGUUUGGAGCUCAAAGCGGGAGGUACGUCGGGAAGGCCUGCACGGUUCACGUUACCCGUUUUAAAUUUUAUCCUUUUUCCGGACGCUCGACGUCCUUUUCUCUGCAGUCUUGCGAUUUUCGUCUUUGUUUCGAUAGAAAAAAAAGAAACGAUCUUAUAAUGGAGGAUAUCUUGCGAAUCGACACAACUUAAAACAGUAUUCGUCAACGAUAUGCAAUUUUUUUCCCGUAAACUUUGUUUUCGAGUAAUCUAGACAUUACUUACCCUUUGUAUUUAUAUACUUAUUUAAUGACAUAUAUAUUUUUAUUAAAUUGGACAGGUUUAGGACUGUUAUAUAUUAUAUAUAUUUGUUCACAGAUAGGAUCCAACGUUCGGGUAAAGCGCGGACGUUGUGUACAUAAUAGUUACUGUUGUAAGAAUAUGUCAAUUUUAGGGAAUUGGGAAAUAUAGUUAAAUGAAUUUGUACAUAUUUUAUUGACAUUAGUUGAAUUAGUGAAUACACAUAAAAUGUUAAUAACUUUAUAAAUAAUUAUAUACAUAUUAAUUAGGUAUUAUUAAUA